CGGCGACGCGCGCGACAUCCGCGGCGACCGCGCGCGCACCGCACGCGGAAAUCGCGGUCACGGUCGCGGUCGACGCGCCGCGGCGGCCCGCGAGCGCGCGAAUCGACGGGAAUUCGUCGCGAUCUUUCGGAAUCGGCGGAAUCUUCGAUUGCGUUCGUCGGAAGCGCGCGACGUCGACGCGCGAUAUGCACGGCGCGAACGCGGUCGAGAGCGAUGCGGAUAUGAGCGCACAGGACGCGAUCGCGGCGCUCGUGGCGCGCGUGGCGGCGGGGAGCGGGAAUGAAAGAGGCGGCUCGCGAGGCAACGGCGACGGCGAGACGACGUCGGCGAACGGCGAGGAAGACGAUGGUGGAGACGGAGAGCCGGCGUGGAUGGCGGAUAUAGACGCACGCAUAGCGACGGUGGAGGAUAUGGAGGUAGAGACGGUGAAUGGGACGUAUGGGAUGAACGACGAGAGCGACGCGGAGGGAGCGAGAGUUGACGCGCCGGGGCAGUUUGAUGAUUUGUUUGACGAACGCGCGGAGACGAUUGUGGAUUUGGAUGAAUCUAGUAUGAAGACGACGUCGAUAAUGGCGUUUUUGGAGACGUUCGCACUCGGGCCGGAAAGUUUGAAUGGUGGACGCGUGACGCCAACGAUGGGCGAAGUGCUCGAGCGAGUCAAGGCACGCAAGCCAGAAUCUUUACCAGAGUGGACGAUGACGGCGGCGGCGGCGGCGAGCGCGUAUCAGUUUGCCGUCAGUAAAAAGCGCGCCGCUGAUCGAGCCGUGGCAUACGCCAAGGAGAUGAGAAAGAAACACUCGAAGGUGCAAGCAAAAGCUGACGCACUGGCGAGUCAGUUGCAUGUGUUGCAAUACGGCAAGACACCGGACGGAAAGCCCGUGAAACCGGGUCAGCUUAAAAACCCUCCGCAUCAAACUCGACCACGUGGGAAGAUGCCACCGCCGCCUCCCGAGCAUAUUUCUAGGCUGUGGAGGACGUCUCUCGAGGAUUACGAUGUGUGUCACGUCUGCGGCCAUCAAGCGCCAGAUUGGUGGCAUGCGAAGGAUGAGAUUGUCUUCUGCGACGGAUGCGAAAUUCAGGUUCACAUGUCUUGCUACGGAAUCAAGAACCUUCCUGAGGGUGAUUGGUACUGCACUGGUUGCAAAGAGGGCGUCACCAAAGGCCCGCUCGUGAGCUGUGGAACUCCUAGGGGUAUCUGUGCAUUGUGCCCACAUCCGGGUGGCGCACUCGUGCGUGUGGUCCCAGCGUCGAAAUUCGAAACACCAUGGCUUUCGCCGGGUCACCAUGCGCAUCUUGCGUGCGCUUUGCACUUACCCGAAGUAGUCAUGCGUCAUCAAAAGACUGGGGAAUCUCCCAUUGUCGACAUGUUGCUCGUUCAGUCGAAACGCAUGAAAUUGAAGUGUUCGGUUUGUGAAGAAAUAGGCGCGUGCACGCAGUGCGCGAUGCACAAGUGUUAUACCGCGUUUCAUCCACUAUGUGCGCGUGCCGAUAAACAAAUUAUGUUGAGGCAAGCGGCAUCAGGACAGCCCAUGGUGUUUUGCAAGGCGCACAGCGCGCCCGAAUUCGAGCAACAGCGUUUCCUCACGUGUGGAUACCGCGAAGAUGGCACGAGCGAUAUGUUACGUAAUAAGAAUGUGUUUUGGGAUGUGAAGGCGCAAUCGCACGAGGAAGACGCUGCAUUUGUGGAUCCGAAUAGAAGCACUGCGAGCGCCCAAAAGUCGCAUCCGAGCGCGCAGGAAGAGAAGCAAAAAGAUGUGACGCUGGAAGUUUUCCCGCGGGCGACGAGCGCUGAGGCAAAGCGAAUUGCGACGAUCACAUGCGUGCGCCAUUACUUGGAUUCGACGCACAAGGGAGGAGCCCCGAGCAAGCUCUUACGGGAUAUGCAAGACGCCUGUAAACAUCUCGAAGCGGAAGAGGCGAGUCGCUUGAAUUCGCUCAGUGACGAACUCGGGGAAGCAGAGAUUAAAACGGCGUUGGAUCAUUUGACCAGAUUGGCGCCGAAGAUUCCGCAAGGCAAAGCUCUUUACGCGGAUCUCGCGCCUUGGAAAUAUUUGAAGUCACAUCAAAUCGACGCGAUUCAUUGGAUGCGAAACCUGCAUUCGCUGGGCGUGAACGGGCUGCUUGCUUUUGAAACGGGCCUGGGCAAGCGGCUCACGUCGCUCGCUUUUAUUCAAUGGGUUCGAGACGGCUUACGCGAACCGGGUCAGCACUUGAUUCUUUGCCCGAAGGAAACAGCACACUUAUGGAUCGCUGAUCUUCAUCGUUGGUGUACUUCCCUGCGUAGUGUCACGUUGAUGUCUGAAGAGGAUGAAAAGAGUGCGAACAAUGUUCAAAUGAUAAAAGCACUGUCGUAUGAUUACCUCGUCGUUUCGUACGAGCGCAUGAGUCAAUGCGAAGCGUUGAAAACUACGAUGUUCAAGAGCGUGAUUUGUGACGACUGGCGAAAUGAGGCGAGUGUCGGCGCGCUUUCCUCCGCUGUCCAAGAGAAAGUUCUUCAAGCAGGAUCCACGUUCUUGUUGGGCAAAGCCGAUGACUUUGACGGCCCUCACGCCGUCGCCUUGGGACGCGUCAUUUUCCCAGGACUGGGCCAAAGUACGAAGUCUCUACCGGUAAAGUGGAGAGAUCUGAUCGUACAUAGCACGAGUGAGCGCGUGGUUGAACCACCCGUCGUUCCCGCGCCACUGGCCAAGUUUUUACAGUUUGAGAUUGAUGCGAAGACGAAUCCCGUCGACGCUCUCAUGCAUAUCCUUCAGACGAUGCGCAAGCAGGCGCAGAAAGUGCUAGUCAUCGCGGAGGAUGAAAAUGCGUUGAAUAGCGCGGCGGAAGGGAUGAGUAUGGCCAAGUUAGAAUACGCUCGCUUGGACGAAACCGAUCAGCCUUUGGGCGUUGCGCUGUACUCUGCGGCGAGAUUCAACACCAUGGCGCCAGAGAACAACAUCUCCUUUCUGUUGUGCAGCUUCCACAAUCUUGGACGUCAGCAAGGUUUGCUUUCGGGCGUUACUUCUAUUUUGCAACUCGAUGGCGAAUUCUCGAGUAAGAUCGACGCCUCUGGUGCGCCGAAUUUGAUGAACAUGUGGCGCAUUGCGAACAGAGUUUGGGGAUUGGAUCCGGUGAAGCGCACGACGUACUUCAUGAAAGUCGUCGGCACCAACGGGCAAGAUAUAGCGUGGAAGCGUGGUGCUGCGUUGAAUAAGUUAUCUGCAAACCCGCCGGAAUCGCUCGUGUCUUCGCUCGAGAAAAUUCCAGCGAACGGGAACGUGCCUCCGGAAUUCGCCUCAAAAGAUGCCGAACUCUGGGACGCCGCCGCUGAACGAAAGCAAAAGAGGGCAGAAGUCGAAGACCCCACGUGGUGGACUUUGCACGAACACAACUGCGUGUACUGUGGUGGAGUGCCUGGACAGUGCAAAAACAUUCCGCCCGCCUUUCUUCCACCGGAAAAGGCUGGUUUGAAGAUUCGCUGCAUUUCGUGUCCGCGCAUCACUUCGAUGGGGUGCGCGUACAUUCGCACCGUUCCGCAAAAGGGUUGGAAGUGUCCACAACAUAGUUGCUUGGUGUGCCUCAAAGAAGCGUCACCGAAUCACAUCACAUUCCGAUGCAUCUCUUGUUCGCGGGCUUUCUGCGAUUCGUGUUCUUCCGGGGCCUCAUUCGACGCCAUCGCCGACCAUCCAGUGUGGGCGCCGUCUGGCUUUCAGCUCCCGAAAUUCUACGAGUACGUGCGAUGUGCGAUUUGCGUCGAUUCCAUCCUCGCGGAAACGAAACGUGCGAGACGAGGGAAAUAAAUAACGAGUGUUUACACGCAUAGCUCCAUAGAUUAAAAUCCUUUAGUAGUCAUCUAAGAAUCCGAUC